UUUGUGCUUAAAACUCUAUGUCGAAAACGAAAAUGUGUGUCGCUGGAAGAUUCUAUGGGGGGUGAUGCGAAUUACUGAAUGCUGAUGAUUUAUUGAAGCGUACUAUGCCUGAGUAAUUGUUUCACUAUUUUAAUUAGUGUACGAUGGAGGACGGUAAUGAUUUGCAUAAUAAUAAAUUCGAUCCAAGUGCCAACCAAGAUGAGCUGAUUUUGCAGCAACAAAGAAGAAUAGAAAAAGAAAUUUCAGAGACAACGCCUCUUGUUGGUGAUAUCCAAAGUAUUUCUUCUUUGGAAAGCGAAUAUUCGGCCGACGACAUAUAUAGGCAAAAAGUACUGGAUUUAGCUAAAAAAUAUAAGAGUAUUCGCCGAACGCGACCUGACGGAAAUUGCUUUUUUCGUGCCUUUAGUUACGCCUAUCUUGAACGUCUACUCGGGAACCGCGAGGAAUAUGAAAGAUUUCGUGAUUGGGCGCUCAAAAGCAAGGAUAAUUUAGUUGCUCUGGGUUUUCCAGAAUUCACAGUUGAAGAUUUUCACGAUACUUUCAUGGAAGUAUUGGAUCGUGUUGGAGAAGGCAGUGAUGUAUUUUCACAGAAAGAUUUACAUAAACUAUUUAAUGAACAAGGCUAUUCAGAUUAUAUUGUAGUGUAUCUCCGCCUAAUAACUUCUGGACAGCUUCAGAAGGAUUCAGAAUUUUACCAACAUUUUAUAGAGGGAGAUCGUUCAAUUGCUGAUUUUUGUCAUCAGGAAGUGGAACCUAUGUAUAAGGAGAGUGACCACAUUCAUAUCAUAGCCCUUAGCUCAGCUUUGGACAUAGGUAUUCGUGUAAGAUGCAUGGACAGAGGAGAGGGAGUGGAGGUGAUUGCUCAUGAUUUUCCAGAAGGUUGCAGCCCAGCUGUCCAUCUUUUGUACCGACCAGGUCACUAUGAUAUAUUGUAUCCAUGAGCACGGCUGGCUAAUCGUAUGCUAAAGGGGCUUGAAGUAUGAUGUUCUUUUGUGCACCGUUUUUAUUUUCAUACAAAUUUUGUCACUGGAGCACCAACCGUGCUGUACAAGCAUUUUGUAUAUUUCUGUAUUCCAAAGUGUGUUCUACAGAAAAUUUGUAUUAAGUUGCUAUGUACAUUAAAAUAAAUUUUUAAUAAAAAUGUCUGUAUUGUUA